AUGGGCGUUCUAAAGGAAAUUCAAAGUUUCUUUCAUAAUUUGACCACUGAGGAUCAUUAUGCCUCAUACGAUGAUUUUAUCGGUGAAUCCAAGGCAGCAGAAGCUCCCAAUGGUCCAAAUCAGUUCUCGCAGUCUAGAAUUUCCAUGAUAAAUAACAGAUCAUCAGCUUCACUUCAAAGUCAACCAAGACAAUCUACGGGUUCUGCUCCCGGUACUUCGUCUUCUAAUGGACCAGUUCAGUAUAAUCCGGGCAUGAGAUCCCAACAGACCAUGAACAAAGAUGGAAUUCAGAUGCAGGAGUAUGUUGAUGGCCACAGUGCGUUGCCUCCUAUCCAGGAGAUUUGGGAAAAGAUUGACAAGUGGUUGGACAGAGAGUUUCCGGAGUUGGGAGAUGAUAUGGAGAAUGGUGCCACUGUGAGUGAUUUGAAUGCCUUCGAAAAGGACUUGGGAGUUUCUCUCCCACUCGAUUUUAGGGAAUCAUACAAAAUUCACGAUGGUCAGGUUUCUUUGGGAAAGACUAGAGGUUUAAUAUUCAGCUACCCACUUAUGGAUUUGGAGUCUAUUGCCGGUGAAACGGCAGUCUGGAGGAAAGUUUACGACAGAAUUCAAGGGAAAUCCUUCAGCGAUGACGUGGAUAAAAAAGGCCAGCUAAAGCAACAGAAAGGGUUUUAUUCAAAGUUCGUCUCUAACCAGAGAUCCCUCCCUGAAGGUGCUAUUCAGCCUCUUUACUGCCACCCUAACUGGAUUCCGUUUGUAAAAGAUAACGCUGGAAACAACAUUGCACUUGAUCUAGCCGCCGGACCAAAGGGCCAUUGGGGACAGGUGAUUUUGUUUGGACGUGAUUAUGAUACGAAGGUUGUUGUUGCCUCGAGUUUCUCGGAAUUUUUGUUCAACCUAAGCGAAGAUUUGGAGGAUGGCAAAUUUGAAAUUGACGAGGAUGAGAAUCUUCUCUACUAUGAUCACAAUACCGAGUUCGAAUUUUUCAACGUUCUUAAGCUAAGGGCUUUCUCGAAAUACAAUGUUAAUCCUGCUCGUAAGCAGAGACCAAGAAAGAAGCAGCUGCCGAUGAGAACGGGUUUUUCUAAGCAAGCAGCCAGCAGAAAUGCAUCUACAAAUUCUCAAAACCCAAUUUCUUUGCCUCAGGAGACCUUGAUUUCUCCAAAGGUGGAGGUGAGCAAAGCAGAGGAGGAGAAGCAGAAAAAAUCUAAAGUUACCAAUGAUUCGUUUGUUAUUGACGAUGAAGAAGGUGAAUCUAAGAAGGAAAUGGUGAGUGCAGAGCCAGAAACGGCAGUACCAAAGGAGACAGAGAGCAAAGAUGAGGAGGUGGUCGAUAAUACUGCUAAGAAGGUUUCUGAGAUGAAAUUAGAAGAUUCAAAGGAAAAGGAUGAUGAUAACAAGCCAGCUUCUAAGGUUGUGGCCGACAAUGCUGUGGAUAGUGUUGUUGCUGAAACUGGUGAUGGAGAAAAGGAAGCGGAGGACAAGAAGAAUGUUGCUGAGACUAAUACGGAGAAGAAAGAUGUCAAUGAGGCCGAUACUGAGAAGAAAGAGGUUGAUGAGGCUAAGACUGAGAAGAAGGAGGAGGAGGAGAUUCCUUCUGAAAACUAA